CUCUCAAAUUGCUUAUUAUUGCAUGUCAAUAGCAAUAUUACGUCCCGUGUAAAGUUGGAGGACCCUGUGGUCAAUCUUAAUUCAUCCUAAAUUCUACUAUUUGUUUAGUAUAAAAUACCUGAAUACAAAAUAAUAUCAUGCCUCCCAAAUUUGAUCCGAAUGAAAUUAAAACAGUAUACUUGAGAGUGGUUGGUGGAGAAGUCGGAGCUACAUCAUCACUUGCUCCAAAAGUUGGACCAUUGGGUCUUUCCCCUAAAAAAGUGGGAGACGAUAUUGCCAAGGCGACUGCUGAUUGGAAAGGUCUAAAAAUUACAGUAAAACUUGUCAUUCAGAACAGAAAUGCUCAGAUUGAGGUUGUUCCCAGUGCAGCUUCUUUGUUAAUCCGAGCAUUAAAAGAACCACCAAGGGACAGAAAGAAAGUGAAGCAUGUGAAACAUAAUGGUAAUAUUACUUUUGAUGAUAUAAUUACUAUUGCAAGAACCAUGCGACCUAGAUCUAUGGCAAAAAAAUUGUCGGGUACAGUGAAAGAAAUCCUUGGAACAAGUCAAUCAGUUGGGUGCACAAUUGACAAUUGCCAUCCACAGGAUUUAAUAAAACAGAUAGAUAAUGGAGAAUUGGAAAUACCCGAGGAAUAAAGAUUGAAAAUAAAAUUUGAAUUACAAACUAAA